CAUCCCAAUAUAAUAAGGAACCCACUCCUGGAUUUCCAGUGGAUAUCAUAAUGAGUGUACGUUACUUUCUCCCAAAAAAAUAGAGCUUUUAAAAUUUCAAAAAACUGGAUCACCCCACAGCUCAGAUUUCCAUAUUUCCAACCUAUCUUUUAAAAGGCUCUUUCCCCUAAUUCCCUCUCAAAUUUAUAAAAGCUUCUUUUUCUCUGUUUUCUAUACAUUUUUACAAGUAUAUAACAACAACACUCUCCGCCAAAACUAGACGGCGCCGGCACUAUAACGCCGCCGAUAAUCUUCUCCCAAGGGAAGAGAAAAAGAAAGAAAACCCAUAAUUCUCUUUCUUCUACCUACUAACAUAUCUGAAUUUAAUUGUCAAAAAUUCAGUCUUUGCUUUAUAAUGUGGCUGCUUAUUGUUUUUUAGCUAUGGUCAUUGACUAAAAGGGUGUUAGCAGGAGAAGAAAAAUUUGGGGAUUGUACAAAAAUGAUUUGCAGAAAGAAUUCAGUUAGAUGUGGUCGUGGAACAGUACCAGUGUAUCUAAAUGUGUACGAUCUCACUUCUAUUAAUGGUUAUGCUUAUUGGCUUGGACUUGGUGUUUACCAUUCUGGUGUUCAAGUUCACGGCGUAGAGUAUGCAUUUGGAGCUCACGAGUAUCCAACAACGGGGAUAUUUGAAGGGGAACCGAAACAGUGCGAGGGAUUUACGUUUAGGAAAGCAAUUUUGAUUGGAUGGACAGAGAUGACUCAUAGAGAAGUGAGGGGAGUAAUGGAAGAGCUUGCUGAGAAAUACAGAGGAAAUGCUUACAACCUUAUAACUAAGAAUUGUAACCAUUUCUGCAAUGAUGCUUGUCUUAAACUUACAGGCAAUCCUAUCCCCAGUUGGGUAAAUCGACUUGCACGCAUCGGUUUAUUUUGCAAUUGCAUUAUUCCAGUGAGCUUGAACUCGACCAAAGUUGGCCACCAUCGGAUUGAAGACAAGGCAUGUGAUGAAGGGGAGAAGAAGAAACUCAGAAGCCGCUCUAAUAGACUGACUCCGUCGACGGAUUCAUCUCCAUCUUCGGAGGAGAAGUCGUGUUCCCCGCCGCUAAUCAAAAGUAGAAGCAACAGAAGCAGGAGUCCAGCGCCUUCAUCUUCAGCCUUGAUAUCCACUUCAACAUAGAUUUCUUGAUAAUGAAGUUUGUUCUGUUCUACAUUUAUUCUUUUGCUCUCUACUUUACUUCAUAAAGCAAACAACUCUGAAAUUUCUGUACAUGAAUGAUUUCUAUGAAAUGGGGACUCGAUGCAAUAGAUAGCUGCAUCAACAUUAAAUUUGAGUGUCUUAUAUAAGAUUUUAUUAGAAUAUAAAUAGUUCCGUCAUGUGUGAGAUAAUAACUGGGUAUAUUAUUGUAUAAAUAUUUCCGCCGUCAUCAUGAUUUUGCAUUAUGUUGGAUAACAUGUUCAGACCAAGCAAUACUUCAAGACCAAGAGGUCCUAAUUUGGUUUAAAACUAUAACACAAUAUAAAAGCGUAACCGUAGUACAAUGAGACACAUCAGAUUUAGGGUGACUAGGAAUCUGCUCUGCUUUUCCUUUUUGAGAAUAAGUUGCCUUUUUGCAGCUUUCGGCAUCAAAAGGCCUCCUUUUUCCUCUAGUUUUACCAAAUACCAAACCCCUCCCGAAUUUGUCUACCAAUCUUUUAUUCUUGCGCGCCCAUUUCUAGUCUUAAAAUCUAAUGUUAUACCUGAAAUUGGACCCACAAUCUUACCGACCUAUCAUAUCUCACAAGUCAUAACACUAUCUACUAGCUCUCUCAAACCUACCAUGGAAUAUGGUAGCCUUGCGGUAACACACAUUAAAUUCGUUGUUACACCAAAUUCCACCCUUACACUAAAAGGUAGAAAGAAAAUCCUAUAUAUUUAUGUUGAAUAAGAGUAGUUAUAUGAAGAAUAGCUCCACUUACCGUUCCAUAUCUUGUCUUAGCAUUACAAGUCGGGGAAGGGGGAACAGAGGGGGAAUAAAGGAAAGAAAAAGAUAAAUUUCCAAACAAUAGCAUGCGCAGCUUGAGGCGCGGCUU